UGCCAUUUUUCUCUGCUUUCCCCACAGACACUGGUGAAAUGGCCUCAGCACAUGACCGAGCUGUUCUUCAGGCCAUAUUCAACCCCAACACCCCCUUCGGAGACGUCCCUGGCCUCAACCAAGACGAGGAGUUAAUUGAUGAUGAGAGUGGCUUUGACACGGAGUUGCUGGAGCAAGUGAAAGAGUUGGAGAUGCGGGGCGUCUCGGCCGCGGAGGCUGGGGAUUUGCAAGCUGCACUUCAACUGUUCAGCCAGGCAAUCCAGAUCCUGCCGGAGCGAGCCUCAGCCUACAACAACCGGGCACAGGCCCUGAGGCUGCAGGGCAACACAGCAGGCGCCCUGGAGGACUUGGACCAAGCCGUCUCUCUGAGCGGCGGCGCCAGAAGAACAGCCUGCCAGGCUCUGGUGCAGAGAGGCCUUCUACGAAGAUUAGCGCGUCAGGAUGACGCAGCCAGAGCAGACUUUGAGAAAGCAGCUGCACUCGGAAGUGAAUUUGCCCGACAACAGGCCGUGGCUCUAAAUCCAUACGCAGCCCUGUGCAACAAAAUGCUGUCAGAGGUGAUCAACCAGCUCCGAAACCCAGAGGCUUCUGAGAUGCCGUCGAUGUAGACAAUCUGUCACAUGUGCAUCUUUUUCUUUUUCUUUUUGCUUAAUAAUAGAACACUUUUAACUUGGAACAACCUUUUUUAUUCCACUGAGCUGCUGUGAAAUAAAUCAGGUCGAGAGCAAGACACACAGAUCACUCAUCAAUAGUCUAAUUUAAACACAAAGUUGUUGGUGUCUCAUCACAAGGCAAAGCUGUUGCAUUUAAUCAAACAUGACACAUGGGACACGUGACAUCACGCUCAGCAUUUGGGUUUAAUGUGACACCAUUCCACACUGACGAAGCACUUCAGCUUUUAUCCAGCAGAUGUCAGUCUUGUCAUGUUGAAAAACAGAUUUGAACAUCUGUUGCCCUUAAUUAUUAUUUUUAAAUACAUCUUUAAAACACUAGAAUAAAGAAAAGUGAAACCAACAACACUACUCUGCUCAGUGUGGUGAACAAAAGAGAGUAAAACAGUGCAAGGAUUGCUGCUAAACUUAAAUUUGGCGUUUAAUCCUCUUUUAAUAAAGAC